AUGCUAGUGAGAAAUGUAGUCCUGGCCACCUUCUCCCUGUCUCCGACUUGGAUUGGGUUCCUGGGAAAAUUAACACUGUUCAUGGUGUAUGUCUGCAUCUUCAUUUCUCAACCAUCCCAGCAGAAGUCCACAGAUGUAAUCCUCACACAGCUGACAGUGAUCAACUCAGUAACAUUCCUCUCCCAAGGGGUCCCAGUAAUGAUGUUCCUCCUUGAUAUGGAGAAUAGUCUCGGUAACGUGGGGUGUCAGAUCCUGGGCUACACCAGGAGAGUGUUCCGGAGUCUUACCAGCUGCACCACGUGUCUCCUGAGCAUAUUCCAGGCUGUCACUAUCAAUCCCAGCACCUCCCGCUGGGCCAGACUCAAAUACCGAGCCCCCAAGUGCAUCCUCCCUUCCUUCCUCUUCUUGAUCCUUCACCUCUUCUUGUAUGCUAAUCUGUGGAAAACCAUUGUAGCCAACAAAAACAUCUAUCUCACAAUUAGAAAGCAUAAUCUAAAAUACUGUUCCAGUGUAUUCUGGCUGAGUUAUUUAACUGAUGUUGCAUUUCUAAGUGUUAUUACCUUCAGAGAUAUCUUCUUUGUGUUCCUCAUGACCUGGGCCAGCAUCUACAUGGUGAUUGUGUUGCACCAACACCACAAAAAAGUCCAGCACAUCCACAGCACCAAUCUCUCCCCCAAAUUAUCUGCAGAGACCAGAGCCACUCAGACCAUCCUGCUCCUGGUCAUUUUUUUUGUUUCCAUGGACUGGAUCAACACCAGUAUCACACUGUCUUUAAAUUUUAUAGAGGAAGAUGUAAAGCUGACUGACACCGUAGUAUAUCUGAUUAUAUUACCUUCCCUCUGCCCGUGGUUGCUGAUUGGCAGUGACCCCCGGUUCCCAAGGCCCAUUGUUUCCUCAGCUUUAGAGAAACACAAGGUCAUCAUGGGGCAUCAAAGUGGAAGCUAG